GAUCGGUGUGUGGGUAGCCCUCCUACACCAUGUAACUUUAGCCCACACACGCCUCUGGGCCCGAGCUAGCGGUGCUGCAUGGGGACCCAAAGUGUGCACGGAGGUCCAGUUAAUUGAAUUAAGGGGACAUCUAUAUCUCGAAUCACAUCGCGUUGACUGUGUGACAAAAUCCUCCUAGAACGUUGCUUCACCUAGUCUGGUCAAGCCGUUUCGGGAAAUCUUGGCACCAUCACGAUGAAUACUUCGAAUUCGUCUUGAGAUUUUUCUGGUCUCCACCGAGGCCUCCAGUUUCAAGUAUAACGAACAUUCCUGCCUACAUCUUCUUUUUGAAUCUAUCGCUCCCUAGGCACAAUGCCUUCCCAUACACACACCGCCGUCUUGGCUCUGGCACUAUCGAGUGCUUCGCUAUUUGUCUCCCCGGUUGGAGCUCACCCUGUUGAAUUACAGGCUAGGACUCCCGCAACUGAAGAGCAGUCCGUUGGGCUUUUGGCCCUUGGAGGCGGUUACCCUCAAAAGAGAGAUGUUGAAGCCACUAAUCAGCUUUCCGGCGGAGGCUCCGAUGAUGACGACGAUGGCUCCGGCAGUUCUGAUGGCAAUGAUGGAGACCUUGGUGUGACUGGCAGCCUCGGCAUCACCGGAUCAGAUGGACUUACUGGUACUGGGAGCAAUGAUGGCUCUGGAAAUGAUGGAUGUGGAAGCAAUGGGUGUGAUAAUAACAGCUCUGGCAACAACGGCUCUGGAAGCAACAAUGGCUCUGGGGGCAGCAAUGGCUCCGGAAGCAACAACGGUUCUGGAGGCAGUAAUGGUUCUGGAAGUAACAACGUCUCUGGAAACAACGGUUCAGGAAGCAAUGGCUCUGGAGGCAAUAAUGAUUCUGGAGGCAAUAAUGAUUCUGGAGGUAACAACGAUUCUGGAGGCAGCAAUGGUUCUGGAAGCAACAACGGCUCUGGAAGCAACGGCUCUGGAAGCAACGGCUCUGGAAGCAACGGCUCUGGAAGCAACGGCUCUGGAAGCAACGGCUCUGGAAGCAACGGCUCUGGAAGCAAUAAUGGUUCUGGAAACAACAACGGCUCUGGAGGCAGCAAUGGUUCUGGAGGCAGCAAUGGUUCUGGAAGCAAUAAUGGCUCUGGAAGCAACAACGGCUCUGGAGGCAGCAAUGGUUCUGGAGGCAGUGGAAGCAGCGGCAGCAACAAUAACGGUAAGAGCACCGGCGCUGACAACGUUGGCUCAGGCACAAGCCUGGUUAUCACGAUCACCCCAACAGAGGAUGAAAGCAGCGGCAGUGGUGGUACAGGCACAAGCUCAACGUCCAGCAUCUCGCUAGCAAUUUCUAGCAACGGGGUGUCGGGCUAUGCCAAUAGCAAGAGCUCUUCUUCUUCUUCGAACGGUAAGGAGCCCAACGAAAUUGAUACCGACAGCAGCAGCGGCGACAACAAUGGAAGUACCAACACCGGCAGCGGCUCCAGCAUCUAUGUCAGCGAAACGAGCACCAACAACAGUUCCACUCCAAGCAAAGACGAUGACAAGGAUGAUGACAAAGAUAAAGAUGAUGAUAGCAAAAGUUCAGACCCUGUGAGCUCGUUGCUCUCGAGUGUUUCGGGCUUGCUGGGUGGGCUUCUCAGGCGCUAGGAGAUGCUUAAUAGUCGAUUGUUAUGUCGAUUGUUGCGGAAGAGUAAGUGGUGGUGGUGGUGGUGGUGGUAAUACUAAUAUAAGGACAAGAGGGAUAGAUAUUGUUGCUACCUGGAUUUGAUUUCGUUACUGGUUACUGAUUUGGUUCUUUGAUUCGAUUAAAGUUAGAGAUUCUGCUUAUUUACUCAUUACUUACUUACCAACC